GGUGCUUCUUCUGUUGCAAGUACUACUGGCUACAGAGAUCCAGGAGAACCGCACGAUAAUACAAGGACGGAAGGUAUUUUGCUGAUUGUUUUUUCCCUGAUUCCACUUGCCUUCGCUAUUGCUAUCCCGAUUUUAUUCUGCGUUCGACGCAAGCGAAAUCUUAAAGCAAUAAAAGAAAAAGAAGAAGCGGCUACAAGACCUGACACGGAACAAAUAAUACAGCUACCAGUCCCCCUUGACAGUGCAAAGUCUCCAGGGGAGAUUGAUGAACACUCAUCCGUUGAGGCUGCCACUCUUCGGAAUCGACAGGUGGCAUGA